GCAAGGCAUCAGCCUGGGCCAUCUCCCCCGCACAGAGCGACGCAGUGACGCCAUGGUGUCAGCGCAGCGGCUGGCCGACCUGGGCUACAAGGCCGUCUCCUUCUCCCUGAUGGCCGUUACCGUGGGGGCCAGCGUCAUGUUAAGCGUCCGUGUCUACCACGUGUUCCAGCACCGCAAAGCCCAGCAGCAGGCUGGGGACAGCCCGGGGCCUGCCCGAGACUGAGUCCUGCUGCGGGAUGCACCUGCCUGGCCAGGGCUCGUACCGUCUCAGGGGCUCGUUCCUUUGCAGCGAUGGGGGUCUGGGCACUGCUGGGUUAUGGAAGUGGCCCUGGGAUGGAAACAGGAGCUUCUUGGUUGAAGGGGCUGCCUGCCCACUCUGAUUAUUAAAAACCAUGGAUUUGGGUUAACUACAACAAGCUUAUCUGGCUUCUGUGAGCAGCGCCCAGCUGUCUGCAGUGAGAUGCUCUGCUCUCAUGCUCCAUAAGGCUUAGAGGGAUAAAACAGAAGCCCACACAGGGAGCACUUUCUGAAGCUCUUUUUAAUCAGAUAAAAGUAAACAAUGGUAUAAAACGGUAACAACUCAAGAAAUUUCCAAAGUCGUUGUCAUGAUUUCAACACUUGAGUCUCUUCCAUUGCCCCAAAGUACCAUUGAAUUAAAAAGAAGCAAUGCCUGUGGUGUGGCUGCCUUUCCAGCCCACCAGUUCCUCUGUACAGGGCUCUGAAACCAGGGCAGCAACAAAUUUGCUUUUUCCUGGAAAAAAAUACACACACAUGCAGGCUUGCAACUUCUGCCCCCAUGGAAAGGUAAUGGAGCCCAACAGCACUGGUCUGUCUGUGACUCAUGUCCUUAGAAAUCUGGCCAGUUUUAUCCUGAAACCGUUGUAAAAGCAUUCAGACCCUCAAGACUUGCCGGGAAGCAUGUACAACAUAGCUUUCUCGGGGGCAAAGAAAAAAAAAA